CCUAAUGCAAAGCUUUUGGUUUUAUGUAUUCAGUGACUCAUGCUGUAAGAAGAAAUAUUGCACUUGAAUAAAUCUGGACAGCAUGACAUCAGAGAGUAAUUAAGCCAGUUUGCGUUGGAAUUCCGUUUCCAAUUCCUGCGCUCAGGUUUGCGCACAACUUAAGCACCUGCAGGUUUCUGUGUGUGCGUGCUGUUUUCACUGGAGGAUGUUCAAACUCUGAGAAAGAAAGAGAGAGUGAGGGAGAGAGCGCAUUACGCCGUCCUUCCCUCUUGGAAAAAGUGGGAUUUUAAACAAGUCUCUUACAAGAUAUCAAGCAGAACCGCUGGACUUCAACGAGAGACAGUUGCGCUGUUGUACCUACUCUUGGAUCUCCACUCCGACAGAGCUGGAUCACUAUGGUUCUGAAGAGAGGGGCUCAUGGCAAUGGUUUGCGCAGAAUAAUCGAUCAGACGUUUCCAAAGCUUCAUUUUUACCUCUCCAAACCCGUUCAUGGUAGUUCGCCAAGAGCUGUUGGUCAUUUCUCCAUCACCGAAACUCAGAGGAAGAUCAGAGGAUGAAAGUUCUGACUAGUCUCCCUCUUUUAUUGGGCUUCUGGACUGUGUUAUACCUGGUCUUCAUCCCGCAAGCGCUCUCCCUCGCCGGCGUGGCCGGUCACAGGGGCACCGGAGCGGCCAAACCCAAUCCGCGGUUACCGGUGGCGCGCAACGGGACGACGCUCGUUAAGCCCUUUGACAACGCGAAGAUCUCUCGCAUCCGGGCUGGUCCACCUCUGAUAAAGUCCGAGACUCGCGCCGCGGUACCUCUAAGUUUAGGGCGCAGGGAGGCCGCGCGCUCUUGGGUACCCAAGGAUGCGGCGAGAGUCGCAUCCUCUCUAGCAUCCAACACCAACCUGGGACACAAUAAAGGAGUUUCUACGCAAAAAUCCGCCGCGCCAGCUGCAAUCAGGGCCGGUCAGACCAAUCUUGGCGUGAUGAAAAGCAUCGCACCAGCACCUGCCCAUCUGAGAGGGAAUGGCGCAUUAAAACUGGAGGACAGCGAGGAACCCAAACACCCUUUAGUGACGCCCCAUGACUACAUGCUGUCCCUGUACUGGUCACUGACCAGCGGAGAGGUCAAUACUAGUGUCCUGCAUGAGGCUGGGAUGGCCAAUACCAUCACCAGCUUUGUAGAUAGAGGACAAGAUGACCGAGCGCCCCUGCUGAGACGCCAGCGGUACCUCUUCAACAUCAGCUCAAUGGAGAAGGAGGGUCUGUUGGGCGCAGAGCUGCGCAUCCUCCGAAAGAAACACAUGGACUCUCGUAAGGCCAUGUUUGCUGAGGGCAUGGCAGCUCUGAGACUGUACACCUGUGCGUCAGGUAAGCACAAAGGCCAACUGCUGCAGACUCGACCUGUCGACCCUCACAGCGCCCCUUACUGGGAAGUGUUUGACAUCUGGAAAGUGUUCAGAAACUUUAGAAACGCUCCUCAGCUUUGCUUUGAGCUGGAAGCCGUCGAUCAAGGCCGACCGCUUGACUUGCGAUUACUCGGCCUGGGUCGAGCAGGAAGGCAGACGAAGGAGAAAGCCUUCUUUGUGGUGUUUGGGCGUACAAAAAAGCGAGGGCUCUUUUACAACGAGAUCAAAGCCCGUUCAGGUCACGACAACAAGACCGUGUACGAAUACCUCUUCACCCAGCGUCGGAUGCGUCGGGCACCGUUGCCACGUGGGAAAAAGCCAACCAAGAACCAAACCAAACAGCGUUGCAACCGUAAGCAGUUGCAUGUCAACUUCAAGGAAAUGGGCUGGGACGACUGGAUCAUCGCUCCUCUGGAGUACGAGGCCUUCCACUGCGACGGUGUCUGCGACUUUCCCAUCCGCUCCCAUUUGGAGCCUACCAAUCAUGCCAUCAUCCAAACUCUCAUGAACUCCAUGGAUCCCAGGUCCACGCCGCCGACCUGCUGCGUCCCGACCAGACUCAGCCCCAUCAGCAUUCUGUACAUUGAUUCUGCCAAUAAUGUGGUGUACAAGCAGUACGAGGACAUGGUGGUGGAGAGCUGUGGAUGCAGGUAGCGAGAUAUGAAAACUUUCAAACAGCAACCAGAAAAGAAACCUUUUGGGUCUUCAUGACUUUCUUUGCCAAGAGUUUUAUUUUAUUGCCAAAAUCAAGAGUACGAUUUCCAUUUGCUGAUCAGUUUUAGACUAUGAACAUGAAUUUAGCGUGGAACAGGGUUGUGCACCAUUCAGAAUUCAAUUGAGAUUGUCUUUUAAAUUCCAGUUUAAUUCUUUAAUUAGAAUUAAGGUAGCAAACAGAAUUGCAAUCUGAAUGUGAAUGUAAGGUAGUAUAAUUAAAAUAAACUUUAAAGGAUUAGUUCACUUCAGAAUUAAAAUUUCCUGAUAAUUUACUCACCCCCAUGUCAUCCAAGAUGUUUAUGUCUUUCUUUUUUUUUAGUCUAAAAGAAAUGAAGGUUUUUGAGGAAAACAUUCCAGGAUUUUUCUCCAUAUAGUGGACCUCAACGGGUUGAAGGUCCAAUUUGCAGUUUCAGUGCAGCUUCAAAGGGCUCUACACGAUCCCAGACGAGGAAUAAGGGUCUUAUCUAGUGAAGUCAUUUUCUAAAAAAAAAAAAAAAAAAAAAAAAAUUAUAUACCUUUUUAACCACAAAUGCUCGUUUUGCACUAGCUCUGAGAUGCGCCACGCAUUACGUAAUCAUGUUGGAAAGGUUUCGCUAGAUAAGACCCUUAUUCCUCAGCCGGGAUCUUUGAAGCUGCACUGAAACUGACAUUUGGACCUUCAACCCGUUGAACUGUUGAAGUCCAUUAUAUGGAGAAAAAUGCUGGAAUGUUUUCCUCAAAAACCUUAAUUUCCUUUUAACUGAAGUAAGAAAGACAUAAACAUGACAUGGGGGUGAGUAAAUUAUCAGGAAAUUUUAAUUCUGAAGUGAACUAAUCCUUUAACCAGUCAUUUUAACCAGAAAAGAAAAUGUUGAAAGUUUUGAGAAAAAAAGUUUUUAAAAGACUUGAUAUUUGAAGGUUUAACUUGAAUAACAUGCCAUAUUCCUGUAACUUUUAAGUGUAUUGAGCUAAAUUAACUGGAAACAAAAAUGUUAUAGUAAAAAAAACAACAAUAACAUAUCGCUCCAAUCUAUCAUUAAGCAAUAUUAUUGGAACUUCAUUUUCAAAACUUUCUGCAAUAUUUAUAUAUUAUAUUACACUUUAUUCAGUUAUUAUAUCCACACCCAUAUAAAGAAAUAAGUUGCUUGUGACUAACUAGAUAGAUAGAUAGAUAGAUAGAUAGAUAGAUAGAUAGAUAGAUGGAUUAGCUUAUAGAUUUACCUUCCUGUGUGGUGUGGCCAAUUCAAAUCAAAUUCACAUUCAUAAACUGAAAGGGAGCCUAUUCUUCCAUUCUGAAUUUUGCACAACCCCUGUAGAGAUUAUUAUUAACAUCUGGAGGGUGACAUAAAGGAUUCAGAACAAACAAACACUGUUGCCAUUGCAUUUUGUAUUUCUUUGUUUACACAAACCUGUGUCAAUGUGCCAAUAAAACGCCUCGGAUUCCCUAGUCAAAUGCAGGUGUCUUCUUCAAAACUAGCUGAGGGCUUCACUACUAAUGUAUUUGUCUGGAUAGCAAUGCUCAGUCAGCCCCUGCUGGUAGAUGUCAUAACUACACCAUCUGGCUGCUAAAAACAUCUUUCUCCACUUACAGCCAUUCAGUAGUGUAUUCUGAUGGAAUACACUUAAUUGCAAGCAACAAAUAUUUCAUUAUACUAUAUUAUACACUAUAUCUUUAGAUUUGUGAAUCUUGCUGGUGAAAAUACACCACUACUCACCAGAGGCGUUUUAACAGGUUGAUGUUUUUGUCCUCACAUUAUUAGCUGCUCAACAGAAGCACAUUUUUAAGUAUUUUUUAUGUGUUAAACGAAACUUGAUUAAAUGUCUUGUUAUAUAAAAUGUGUUGUUUUUGAGCUAAAUGUCAUGUAGUUCAAUGCUAAGUAAAUAGUUAAUAUUUCUUUUUUAAUCUUCGUCUUACAAAAGAAAAGUGUUGAUAUUGCUUUUAAAGUGCUUUAACUAAAGGGAUAAUAAACAUGUUUUUUUUUUUUAAUCCACUUCAAGGUUACUCCCCAAAGUAACAGCAUGUAACGCAUAUUGUGAUGUAAACCAUUUUGAAAAAAACAAAACAAAAACAAUGGUUUCAAAACUUUUUGUACAAAUAUAGAAAGGUCUAUAAUUACAUUUGAACACAGCAUUUAAAUGGAGUGAAUUUAAUUCAACAACCAUAGCACAGAUAGUUUGUCUGCACUUUCAUUUUUUUGCUGUAAAUAAAUGGAAACUUUAGAUUAAGAUUUUUACAAUGCAGCAGAUAUUCAUA